AUGGCGGGCUGCAACAAAACUCAGCUCUACCUCACGACCAUCGCCGUUACCGUGAUCAUCUUGACGGCGAGCCAAGCCGCGGAAGCGCGUUUCAAGAACCUUUGCAGCCAAACCGCAUAUCCAGCGUUGUGUCAUCCGCUGGUGAAAGGCCCCAACCCGAGACGAGCCACGCACAGCACCAUUCGAGCCCUAGAGGCUAAGACGAAACUGACGCUCGCAGACGCUUCGAGGCACAGAUUCGCAAACCCACAAGCCGCGGUUUGCUGCGCGACUCUUGCAGACGCGGCUUUCAAUCUUGAGAACGCGAGGAAAAGCAUCAGGCAACGCAACAAGCUGGCGCUGAAAAUGUUUUUGACCGCGGCGGUUUCGGAUUACGGCGUUUGCGUCGACGGGUUUAUAGAAACGCGUCAGGUUAACGCCGUUCAGAACGCUGUGGACGAGCUGAGGAAGAUGGGUACUAACUGCUUAAUGCUUGCUCAAUUGCUUAGAUGA